CUCGAUCCCUAUAAAAGAGGAUGGGUAGAUAGUCGAUGCCUUACGGGUGCUCCAUUUAAACGAUCGAUCGUCCUUUAAGCUUCAAUGGCGUCUUCUUCACCGCCGGCUUCUCCCUCCGGUAAUAGGCAACUUCUUCCGGUUUCCGACGGCCAGUCUUCUCUAUCCAACGUCGUCUACGAGCUUUCACAGCAAGUACAAGCUGCAAUGGAGAAUAUGCUUAAGAUGAUUACUGAAAUUGACGAAAGCUCAAGUGGAAUAAUAGAAGAAAUAGAGAAAUGCAAAUACUCUGCUCUUGAGAGGAAAAGAAAGAGAGUAACUAAACAUCUAAAAAUUAAGACUUCUUCAUUUUGCCAAGGGGCGUUGGAUCAUAUCACAUCUCAAUAUGAUUUUAACAAAUGUUAA